AUGUCAUUAAGCAUUGCUCCAUAUAAACAUCGAAAAUUGACCAUACCUUUUUUAAUUAUAAUUAUAUUAAUUGGUACUUAUUUACUAGUUCAAACAUUUAAUUCUGGUCUUGGUAUUUUAGCACCGGCAAAUAGAUAUCUACUAAAACAAACAUCACAAUUAAAUUCUUCAUUUGUUCGACGAGCUAUUUUAGUAUUUUAUCCAACAAAUCAAGAAGCACAUUAUUUAUCAGAGAUUCGUUGGUUAUAUCGAUCAUGGAUUGAAAUGAUGAAAUAUGAAUCAAAAAAUUGGCGAACAGAUUUAAUAAUAUACACUGAAAGAUAUUCAUUAUCAUUUCAACAACUUGGUUGUAUUGUUAAUGAAAUACGUAAAAAUGAAACUGAACCACCACAAUGUCGAAUAUUUUUAUAUCUUCGUAUCUCAAAUCGAAAAAUAAAUUCUGUAACUAAUCAUCAAACAAUAUUUGUUGAUACUAAUAAAAAAGAAUUAUUUAAUGUUAAUAUUCCACGUUCAACAUUACUAUACCGUCAUCUAAGUACAUAUGGCUAUAUUGAUUCAGUUAAUAUUAUAGCAGAAGGUUAUCCAACAUUUAAAUAUUAUGAUUUUAUACUUAAAACUGAUAUUGAUGUCUUUAUUACAAAACAAUUUGCUAAAUUUAUACCUUUUGAACAUAAUGGAUUGCUUGUUGGUCGUGGCGGUUAUUCAUCAGACUUUAAUAAUCGUCGAUUAGCACGUAUUGCUCGAGAUAUGAAUUGGACACAUCAAGGAAUACCUAAUAUUGGUUCAACAUGGUAUGGAUCACCAUAUAUUGCUCAACGUAUAGCAACUUUAACCUUAGAUGCAAUGCUUCAUUUAUAUAAUAAUGAAUUUGCUCGAGCUGAACGAGAACAGAAAUUAGGAACUUUAUUAUGGCCUGAUUGGCAUUAUGGUGUAUUAAGUAUGUAUGGUACACAUUUAGCAGUAAAUCAUUUAUUAAUUUCGGAAAAAUUAAAUGUCACAAAAGCAGAUCAAUUAUUAGAUCAAUCGACAACAAAUCCAGAUCAAUUUGAUUUAGAAAAAAAUAAUCGAUUACAUUUACAUUGUUGGCAUACUGAAAAAAAAUUUUCAAAAUUUCAAUUUAAAUUAGGACAAUAUAAUCAAAUACAUCCACGUUCACUUCUAAAUGAUAGUUCUGCACAAGCUUAUGCUAUGAGAAUGGCUUUAGAAUCUGGAUUGAUGUCACUUGAAGAACUUGGACAACGCUUACGUGAUAUUAGUAGUAACAGAACGAUAUAA